AUGCGCCCUGAUGGACUCCACCACACGAAGAUGGUGUCGGCGAUGUUCCUGACGGCGAUACAGCGCAGGCACGGGCUCUACUUGUCGGGCGACUUCCUCGCCAACUCCAACAAGGGCGACCGCACCUCCAAGCACAACAGGGUGCUAAGGGCCGCCCAGAAUGCCGUCCGGGCGCGCUCGGUUGGCAGCAUCAUCCUCGGGGACAAGGAAAAGCCCGAGGUGACGCGGCACCUCAACGACACGUCCGUGACUGACAUCUGCGAGAUCAGCGGCGACUUCGCCACGAUGCGGGACGUGCACUACGAGGUCAAGUGCUGGAACAUCAAGUCGACGACGUCGGCGAGGGGCUCGUGGGGCAAUGGUGGCAAUGUGGCGUCGGUGGACGGACCGCUCGACCACUCGACUGGAAAGGGAUGGGUCAAGGACCACGCGUACAUGUAUGGAAAGGGGUGGGUCAAGACGGAUACGGGCUGGAAGUGGAUGGGGGCGCAGUACUACGACGCGAAGUGGGUCAAGAAGGCCAUAACGCGGCUGGUGCUCGUGGAAACUUUGGGAGGCAUUGCGCCGCCCACCAAGCAGUUCCUCCACGUGUUCGCCAAGGAGGCGGCGGGCACCAACACGGACCCCGGACGCGCCUCCUCCUUCGUCGUCCACCACACGCAGCAGAUCUCCAAGGCGGCGGUGGCGGGCGACGCCGAGAACAUCAACAAGCAGGCGCGCAAUACGCUCCCCACACUCGCUGUCGUGGGAUCGCUUGUCAUCGAUUUUCAGCCGGAAUAUAAAGAAUAUUCGAGAAUAUAG